AUGGCAAGUCAAGUUAGAGCAAAAGGAACAGCAACUCAUGCCCCAGGUGAAAGUGGUAAUGAAGUUCAAAUUUCCAAUAGAGAUGAGUUUAAUCAAGCCGUACAAUCAGUUCACACCAGUGGAAAUCGAAUCAAUUGGAUAUUGGUCAACUACAACGGAUCACCAAAUCACAUCAAGCUUGAAGCAACUGGAUCCGGUGGUAUCAAUGAAUUGAUUCCACAUCUCUACGAAGAUAAAAUGUCUUAUGCAAUCAUAAGAGUAGUUGAUAUUAUUGAUAAUGUUCAAAAUGAUAAAUACGUUUAUUUAACUUGGAUUGGUGAAAAUGUAAAGGGUAUUGAAAAAGCAAGAAAUGGAACAAACAAGUCAUCGAUUACUAAAUUACUUGGACAUUAUAAUGUUGAGAUCAUCGCUUCGCUAAAGAGUGAGGUAACCGAGGAGGAAAUAACAAACAAGGUUCAAGAUGCAAGUGGAUCGAGAAAUAGAACUGGCGAGGUCACUACCUCUCAGAAGCAGCAGAUCUCAGCCAAGGCACCACAUCUUACUAGCGCAGGCUCGGCCAAUCCCUAUGGAAGUCGUGCUGGAAACACUGUGAAACUACCGACUGUCAACACUAGCAACACUCAACAGCUAUCGUUUAGAGAUUUAGACGGAUUGAAAUCGCUGUUGGCCGAUGUAAAAUCACCGCAAUCCUCGACCAAUUGGAUGUUGAUCGGCUACGAAGGAAAUGAACAACUCUCGUUGGUCGGCAGUGGUUCCGGUGGAAUCGAUGAGUUGGUAUCGAAUCUGCGUGCCGAUCAGGUCAACUAUGGCUUGGUGAAGGUGUCCGAUCGCAUCGAUAACAGUAUCACAACAAAGGUUGCUCAGAUCAAUUGGGUCGGUAUCAAUGUAUCACCAAUGUUCAAAGGAAAGAUAACCUCACACAAGGGUGUUGUUGAUGACUUUUUCUCUCCAAUUUCCAUUGCAUUGUAUGCAGAGAUUACCAAGGAAUUGACAAAUGAAAUUCUAGACUCAAAGAUUCAAUCUUUGAAAGGAAGUAAAAGUAAUUAA